AUGAUGUUGGACUUUGAGGAGGGCGAUGGCGCUUGGUGUCCAGAGAUAACAGUGGAGCCAGACAGCCUGAAGGAGUUUCUCCAGAUCGACCUGCGCUCGCUCCACUUCAUCACCCUCGUGGGCACCCAGGGGCGUCAUGCGGGCGGCAUCGGAAACGAGUUCUCCCAGAUGUACAAGAUUAAGUACAGCCGCGAUGGAAGCCGCUGGAUCUCGUGGAGAAACAGGCAGGGCAAGCAGGUGAUUGAAGGAAACAGGAACGCGUACGACAUCGUGCUGAAGGACCUCGAGCCGCCAAUCAUCGCUCGCUUCGUCCGCUUCAUGCCCGUCACCGAUCACUCCAUGAACGUCUGCAUGAGAGUGGAGCUCUACGGCUGUGAAUGGCUGGAUGGUCUCGUGUCGUACAACGCUCCAGCAGGAGAACAGAUGAACUUGCCGAUUCAUCCUGCGUCUCUCAACGACUCUGUCUAUGAUGGAGCGGUCAUCCACAGUAUGACGGAGGGCUUGGGCCAGCUGACUGAUGGAGUGUGUGGCCUGGAUGACUUCACACUCAGUCACGUCUACAAUGUCUGGCCCGGCUAUGACUACGUGGGUUGGACCAACGAGAGCUUCCCCAGUGGAUAUGUUGAAAUCAUGUUUGAGUUUGACCGCAUACGCAACUUCACUACCAUGAAGGUCCACUGCAACAACAUGUACUCGCGGCACGUGAAGGCUUUCCGCCAGUUGUUGUGUUUCUUCCGCUCUGAGGCAGACUGGGAGGCCUCGCCGCUCUCCUUCAUCCCCGUGGAGGACGAGAAGAAUCCCAGCGCUCGCUUCAUCACCGUCAACCUGUUCAAUAACAUGGCCAGCGCCAUCAAGUGCCAGUUCUACUUUGCAGACGCCUGGAUGAUGUUCAGCGAGAUCACCUUCCAGUCAGAUACAGCCAUGUACAACACAACGCUGACUACAACCAAGACAGGACUGCCUCCUAACAUACUACCAGAGGACGACCCCACCCACAAAAUCGAUGACAGCAACACCCGGAUCCUGAUUGGCUGUUUAGUGGCCAUCAUCCUCAUCCUCUUGGUCAUCAUUGUCAUUAUCCUGUGGAGGCAGGUGUGGCAGAAGAUGUUGGAGAAGGCCUCUCGCCGGAUGCUGGACGAUGAACUAACUGCUAGUUUGUCAAUACAGAGUGAAACGUUCGCCUACAACCACAACCAGUCGAGCACAAUCAGCGAGGAGGAGUCUAACGCCACCUACGAACGUAUCUUCCCGCUCGGCCCGGACUACCAGGAGCCUUCACGCAUCAUAUGUAAACUGCCGGAGUUUUCUCAGAGCUCAGAGGAGUCUGCUUCUUCCAGCACAGCAGCGUCUAAAUCCACCUCAACGACUGCAGUGCAAGAUGGCGCCCCUCACUACGCAGAGGCCGACAUUGUGAACCUGCAGGGUGUGACAGGAAGCAACACGUACGCCAUCCCUGCGCUGACUAUGGACCUGCUGUCAGGGAAGGACGUUGCCGUGGAGGAGUUCCCCCGAAAGAUGCUCACGUUCAAAGAGAAGCUGGGAGAGGGCCAGUUUGGAGAGGUGCACCUGUGUGAAGCAGACGGGAUGCAGGAGUUCAUGAAUAAAGAGUUUUUAUUUGACAUCCCCGUGGAUCAGCCAGUUUUAGUGGCUGUGAAGAUGCUCCGUUCAGACGCCAGCAAAAAUGCAAGGAAUGACUUCCUGAAGGAGAUAAAGAUCAUGUCACGUUUGAAGGAUCCCAACAUCAUCCGCCUGCUGGCUGUGUGCAUCCACAGCGACCCUCUCUGUAUGAUCACAGAGUACAUGGAGAACGGAGAUCUCAACCAGUUUCUGUCCCGCCACGAGCCCGAGGGACAACUCGCUCUGCUCAGCAACGCACCUACUGUCAGUUUCAGUAAUCUGUGCUAUAUGGCGGCUCAGAUAGCAACGGGGAUGAAGUACCUCUCCUCUCUGAACUUUGUCCAUCGAGACUUGGCCACGCGGAAUUGCCUGGUUGGUAAAAACUACACGAUAAAGAUUGCUGACUUUGGCAUGAGCAGAAACCUGUACAGUGGGGACUACUACCGCAUCCAGGGCCGAGCCGUGCUGCCGAUACGCUGGAUGUCAUGGGAGAGCAUCCUGCUGGGUAAGUUCACCACAGCCAGUGAUGUGUGGGCCUUCGGGGUGACUCUGUGGGAGAUACUGAACUUCUGCAAGGAGCAACCCUACUCUCAGCUCACUGACGAGCAGGUGAUAGAAAACACAGGGGAGUUUUUCAGGGACCAAAAAAGACAGAUCUACCUGCCUCAGCCUGUGCUGUGUCCGGACUCGCUCUACAAGAUCAUGCUGAGCUGCUGGAGGAGGAACACAAAGGAAAGGCCCUCCUUCCAGGAAAUACACCGAGCCCUCCUGGAUAUACAGCCUUAAUCUGGGGCAAUAUUUAAGACAGUGUUGGUGCAAGACAAGAGUAAACUAUGAUUCAAACACAAUCCAGGUUAGAGCUAUCAUAUUUCAGUAGAGAAAUAUGAUGAGAGCCUCCUGCUACGACUGUUUCAUGGACUCUACAAACAUGGACUACCAAAGACUUUUGAUGUGUCUCAGUUUGAGUUUAAUCGGCACAAUCACGUUAGCUAAGGUGUUUUAUAGACAUACAAGUAUUCUCAAGGUUGUGAGGUGUGUUGAUGAAGCCAAAAAUUAAAUGUAGCAAUUGACAUUCGGCACUUUUAAAAAUGUAUUUUAUUUUCAUUUUAUCAUUUCAAAUUUCCCAUGUAACAGUGUUUGAUUACACUGUUGAAAAACUUGUGUUUUCUUUGGAAGACUGCUUGAAUGUAGAGAGUGAAAGGUGGAGCCAACCAUUACGGUUGCAUUUCAAACAUUUCAUCUCAGUUUUAAAGCUCCACUCAUUGAGAAUAUCAUCAAGUAUCUCAGUGUUUCUCAUCUCCCUGCAGUCUUUCAUCUGUGAUUUGAACAUGAACUGUACAUGACUGUGUUUGUUUAAAAGAUACGUCUUAAUCUCAAAUAACAAUAUUUUGUAUUGAUAUUUAUAUGUUUAAAUUUGUUUUUCUGUUCAUCUUUCGUCGCUAUAUUUGUAAAUUAAUAUUCUCUUUAAAUUGACGUGUUUGGAGCAUCAUAUUUUAUGUGGUUCUGUAACUUUCCUGCUCACUUUUGGGAUCUACCAAACAUUUGUUCUUUUCUACUUUCAACUGUUAUCAUUUUGCAUUCAUCACAAACUAAUAUCACAAUUUGAUAGGUGAUCAGAUGUUGCAACAUGCUUAUUUUGAACACAGGCUGUGUUUUGAUAUGUUGGUUUAAAGGGGCCCUGUUAUGCUUUUUCUGAGAUGUCCCUUUCCUGUAGUAUGUUAUAUAGGUUUUUCUGCAUGUAAAUGGUCUGCAAAGGCUAAUAUCCCAAAGUUCACUCACAUUGUACUUGACAGGCUAAGGGGCGGGACAUCUCUAAGUGGUUGACGAAUCACAACAGAGUCGGCCAGCUAACCAAUCAGAGCAGACUCUGCUCUGGUUUCAGACAGAGGGUGAAAAGAGGUGCUGCAGCACAGGCACAAUAGGAAAAAUAAAGACCCUUUUCAACAUUAAAGCAUGGAAACUGAAAAGUAGCAUAAUGGGGCCCCUUUUAAUAAUAGGCUAUGUGUCAUUAGGAAGGUGCUAGCGAAUGUGUUGUGAGUGUUGAAGAAGUGAAUGCCUGCUUAUGGUUCGAUUACGUUGACAAAGAAAGUGUAUUUCCUUUUUAAAUGAGAAAGGUGAAGAAAAUGUAGAAAUACAACCAGCCGAAGACUCAUCUGCAAUUUUAGUUAUAGUUUGUUCUUUCUUUUGUUGAUGUAUACUGGAGUCGUUUCUCUUAUUUCCUCAUACUUCUGUGUAUAACUAUCUACUAGCUUGAAUUUAAUACUGCAUACCACUGUUGUUUUUCAGCCACUUCAGCUGUAUUUUACAGGCUCUCCCCUCUUAUCAGAGGCCUUUGUCCCACUCACCUUCUCCAUAAAAGAGACUCAUAUCUGCCGUUAUGUGUUUCAACUUUUAUGUGUCCUCCAUAUCUCUCUGUGUGAGGUGAAAUAAUCUUUAUGUCUAAGUUAACCAUGAUAUGCAUUUUGGAUACCCAUUUGAUCGAUGUGAAGCAUUUGGUGAUUCCCAUUGGAUAAAUUAAUAUCUUCACUAAAUGUUUUAUUUUCUCUUUUUUGAAUUAAAUGACUAUAGCAGAUGUAUAGUUGUAAAAGUGUAGUGGCACCCCAACAGAUUUCACAAUUGGUUUAAUUACACAUUUGUACUCAACGCUUUUCAGUGAAAAUGAUUCUAAAUAUGUUGUACAUUGGUUGAAAAAACACAAAUAAAAAUUAAACUGGGAACUCUA